GCCGUCACGGCACCGCGCCCGCCCCAUUCACACGGAGGCCGGUGGGAAUUGCGGGGUUCCAAGCAACGACAUGUGCGGCAGCUGUCGUAACGCAUCCCUUUUUGCCAAAGUUUCCUGUCUUGUCAACACCAAGAGCCGUCUCAGCUGUACCGAUUUGCUAGCCAACACUCAUCCUUGUACAACAGCUGCAUGCGUCGGACAUAUCGGAGCCGCCAUUUUCCCCGGUUCACAGACAUCAACUGCCGCCGGUCAACCUGCCGACGCACAAAACCAUCUCACUACUUGAAACAAGCCACUAGCAGCACCUCGACGCCGACGCUUCCGCAGGAGGGUAUAUCAGAACGUUGAGCAUAUCGAAUUCCUCCAGGGCCGUGUUGCAAGGCAAUACAAGCUCUUUUAUCCUUACAGAGAUAUCCAAGUCCGUGGCCAUGGCCACGGAACCUGUUGAUGCACAUAUGGCGGACGUUCAGAAGCGUAACUCCCCACCUCAGUUCCAGAAACGACCAUAUCCAGGUACAGUGGAUGGGGGACCAGCACAGAAACUCAUGAAGCCGCGUGCGAGUAGAGCUUGCGAGUCUUGCCACUCGCGCAAGGUGCGAUGCGACGUUGUGUUGUCGUCGCCGUGUACAAACUGUAGACUAGACAAGAUUGCCUGUGUUGAAAGAGAACGUCGAAAACCGCCACCAAAGACCGCACCACCUGAAAACAAUUAUGAGAGACCUGCAGCCCGUAUUGACGCGAGCGAGGGUGCCUGGCCGGACGAUAUACCACGGACGUACGUGCCGGCACUGACGACGAUGAAUCCCAGCACUUCCACCAAACACAAACUCCCCUCCUUUUUAAAUCCCCUCCCACCGCAGCUUGUAGAGAGCGAGAGCGACAUAAACUAUCUCCAUUCACGAGGCGCUCUGACGCUACCGUCUGUGGCAUUACAAAAUGCCCUUAUGCAAGCAUACAUCGAAUAUAUCUACCCGUACAUGCCGAGCAUCGAUUUGCACGACUUUCUUCACAUUAUUGACAACAGAGAUGGAUCAGCGGGAAAGACCAGCCUCCUGCUAUACCAGUGUGUUAUGUUUGCGGCGACUGGGUUCGUUCCUAUGCAAGCAUUAAGAGAAGCUGGUUAUGCAUCGCGAAAGGAGAUUCGAAAACAAUUCUUCACCAAAGUUAGACUUCUAUACGACUUUGAUUGUGAACCUAAUCGCUUUGUAGUGGUCCAAAGCCUGUUGCUCAUGACGUAUUGGCAUGACACAACAGACGGCCAAAAAGAUCUUUGGCACUGGAUCAGCGUCACAGUGAAUACGGCCCACACCAUUGAUCUGCAACGAGAUCCGGCCUUAAAAGGCAUGGAUCCCGUGAGAGGGAAGCUAUGGAAGCGAGUGUGGUGGUCCUGCUUUAUGCGUGAUCGCCUGAUAUCACUCUGUAUGAGAAAGCCGGCAAAGAUUUGGGAAGAAGAUUCGGAUAUGCCCAUGCUUGUGGAGGACGACUUUGAGAUUGAGGCUCUGUCAGAGACCAACUCCAUUAUACCACCAAGCUGUGAGGUGAUUCGAAACACGCAAAUGCAGCGCGAGUUGGCCCUCCACUGCAUUGCCAAAGCCAAGUUGUGCGUCUAUGUCGGGCGAAUUAUAAAAUCACAAUACUCCAAUACGAUGCGGAAUCCACAAAACGUCGACAAUACAGAUGAGAGCACCAUGACCAUCUCGCCAAACAACCCAUCACAGCAUCUGGACGUUUUAGACAAGCUUACAGCGGAACUCGAGGUUUGGUACCAGGAGCUGCCACCUGAGUGUCAAUACCGACACAUGGUGGUUUCUGAAACAGAACCGACUGCCCCAACGCUGGCAAUACACCGCGUUGUUCUUCAUCUCAUGCACCAAGCGACGCUGCUGGCGCUUCACAGGCCGUGGUCUGCCAUUAUACUCCCCCCAAAUACGCCAGAGGAUAUACUGGCAAAACAAGAGGCGUCCAAGAUGCUUGUCCGGAAUGCGGCUUCUAUGAUUUCCGAGAUAGCUGGUGAGGCACAUCUCAGCAACCUAGGCUCGUUUAUGCCAGGCGUCGUGGUGAUUCUUGUUCUACCGGCCGCUACCACGCAACUAGAGGCCAUGUGUGUUCAGGACCAAACAAAGAAAGAUAUGGCAGCACGAGCAUUUGUAAAUUGCGUACAAAUCAUGAACACGCUGCGUCAGUCGUUCUAUGGAGCCGACUACGCGUCUAUUCUCCUGGGCGCCGCCUUAAUCAGAUUGGGCCUUGAUGGAAGCAUGUACUCGGACCCAGAAGUCUCCGAAACCGUUGAGCAGUUAAAGUCUGCCGCACCAGACUUCCAGAAGCUCAUGGAAAAGGCCGGUGCUCUGGCGCCGAGGAACCUUGCUCCGCCCUUGCCUGCACAGCAGCCCAACCCGGCUGCAUCGCAAGAAGGUGGUGACGUCGACCUCACGCAACUGCUGCUAGAGAUGGUUGGAGGAUCCAAAUUGGGCAAGAAUAACACGUCCAUAGCUGCAUAGUGGUGUACGGCUGCUACAGGACAAUGUACAUUUUAAUAACAAACUGGUACUUGACCUGCCGAUCUCAUGCAUUGUGACUUUGCAUGUUUUGCAUUGGAUUGGUCCCUUGUCCAAGUUUGAUUGGCCGCGGAUAAGGAGCAAGGGUUCCCGCCUCUGGUGUAAAGAAUGUGCACUGUAGAGAAAAUCGGUAGGCCACGCGACACCUAUACUUGAGGAGAGCAGUUUGUUGAGCCGAGGGUUGUUUCUUGUGGCUGUCUUUGGUUGAUACGACCUCUGGAAAAAAUAGUUGUAAACUAUUCAAGCAAUACAACAUAGUAAUAGUAAAGCAUCACAGCAAUAGCACCAUUGUGUCUGUCUUCUCGCGUCCGUCGUGGUCUUGUUUUUUUUUGUUUGCCUUCCUG